CUAUUUAAGACUGCAAUGGAAAGAAAUGUUCGACAAUUGGAAGUAAUAUUCCCUGUAGACGGUGAUUUAGAAAAGGUCAACGUAUCCACCGUGUACUCGUACGUUGAAAAUUUUGGAUCAAUCGUAUCAUGUGAAAAAAGUCGUAAAGGGCUUGAUGUUCGAAUGAUUGAAGCCGAUGGUGUGUCUAUGAAUUGGUUUCAUCACUGCCAUGAAAUCGAUGGGUAUCGAGUGCGUAUGCGAUGGGAAAUGCACAUUUUGGAUCUGCCUCUGCUUUGUUUGAAAGUGAUCUGCAAGUGGCUGUUGAAUAGCAUUGAUGAUUUGUGUAGUGUCACGGAAGUGUGUACUACAUUGAAAGACGCUGCCACAUUGACGUUCGAAGGAGAGUUUUCAAAAAGUGGCAUACGCAUCACAUCGAAAAAGCGAAUGCAAGCAGAUGUACGCCUUUUCCAAUGCUUUCUACAUUCAAUUACUAGAUUAGAAAUUAAUGCCGAAGACAGAGAGCAUUUCACUUAUAUCUUAGCAUCUCUCAAAAAAAUGAGCCCCAACAAUGUUUUGAAAUCUUUGAUUUUCUCAAACAAAAGGAUUUCAACCUGGCGUAAUUCUAGAGAACAUGCGAAUCAUUUUAGCCAUCUUUCUAAAGCUGAACUGGAAGAUUUGUUUUCAGUAUUUUCAUAUUUGGAAGGACUAUCUUACAACACAUGGGAAUUUGUGUUGCCACGACUUCCUCCCAAUUUGAGGAUAUUGAGUUUAAAUUUUCUGUACGAUGAUGAGGGUUUAUCUGAAACGGAUGUAUGA